UGACACAUAUAAUUUUUUGGAGACUGUUUUUAAAUAAAUGUGUUUAAGCUAUUGGAUUGCCUUGCUCAUUGUAGUGUUCUCUUUUUCAUAAAUCUUCGUCUUAUCUGGCUUGUGUGUCAACGUGCCUGGCCUACGUCUGACAUUUGACUGUAACCUGCUUAUCCCCCGCCACCAAAUCUUCCGAUGCUGUGAUUCCAUCGCACGAACAUCAUCAUCACCAUCGCGGACCCCGUGGCGUGCGCCGCGCCCACCCUGUACGACCAUGUGCAUCCCCCCGGAUCCUCCCCAGCCACCGGAGCGGGGUCUUCCACCGGGGUGACGUGGUGGUCCAUGAUGAACGGUAGCCUCUACGAAGAAAGCCCCCCACCUGCCCCCCAGAGCGCCGCUACGCCGAUAAGUAACAGUGGAAUGACUAGUCCAGCAACGGUGCCGCCACCCGCGGCUACUACCUCUGCAACGUCUAGCUCUUCGCCAGCGAGCGUCACUAGUAAUAGUGGCUCUGCGGGUCCUUUACAUAUUCCCGCCAAAAGAUUAACCUCAAGCGGCUACGGAGAUUGUGCAGACGGUGUUAUCAGACACGGUCAUGGGCAGCCGUGGACUUAUUCGCCCUCCGAAAAUCAUCAUGCAGGGGCAACAGCUUUCGAACCUACUGUUGGUCUUAAUCAUCACCAGUACAGUGCACCUACGUACUAUAACUUGGCAGAUCCAACAGGAAGUAGAGAUAGCAGAAAAGCCCCUCUCUCGUUUUGGUCGCCGGCCGCAACGGCUGCUACAGGAACUCCGGAAUAUAAAUAUAGCAGCGUGUCGGCGGGUCCCAGCGCUGAUCCGUCAGUUUCAUCUUGCCAUCAAAGCUUUUCUGGAAAUUCUUGGUGCAACUAUUCACCAUAUUCUUCAGCAUCCAGACAUCAUGUGGAUACACACCAAGCCGUCCCUUACCUUCCUGCGGAUGACCGAGGCCGUGCUGCUGCUGCUGCGGCUAUGGUGGCCGAAAGCGCAAGUUUUGCCCAUGCUCACGACAGGUCAGGCUAUGGAUUGGGAAAUUAUGCACCUGAGCCAGUUCCAUCCACCCCAUAUCCUCCACCAGGUUCGUUGGGUUCUAUGGGAGUAACUGUACCUUGUGGAACAGGCACCAAUCCGCUGGAAUGGACUGGGCAAGUCACUGUACGCAAAAAACGCAAGCCAUAUUCAAAAUUUCAGACCCUGGAAUUAGAAAAAGAAUUUCUUUUUAAUGCGUAUGUCUCCAAACAAAAAAGAUGGGAACUAGCGCGAAAUUUGAACUUGACUGAAAGACAAGUUAAAAUUUGGUUCCAAAAUCGAAGAAUGAAAAAUAAAAAAAAUUCUCAGCGGCAGGCACAGCAGCAAAAUAAUAACAAUUCUGUAACAAAUAAUCAAAAUCACCAUGCGUCACACCAUCAUGCAAGCCACCAUGUACAUACGCCGCAUCAUGUUGUGAAUCACCAUGUUUCUGCCAAUGGGACGUUAAAACAUCACCAGUGACCUAUGGCAUUUUCUGGGGUUGUAUUGGGUCAUCACCAUCAUGGGUUGACUACUUAAACACCCUAUUUAGUUGUAUUUGUUUAUUAAGGACUUAGUUGAAUUUGGGUGUCACAGGACUGUAAACAACCCUGGAGAACAUUCUUUGCAGUGCCAAAGAGUUAUAUUAGAUUUGUUAUAUAUGUGAAUUUGCGGAAAGACUUUUCGUUUUUUAUUUGGUAUUUAGGGCUUGUGCAAAUUGUAAAUGGUGCGAAGCACGAGAAUUAUGUCUGCCUGUUAAGGGGUAGUUUUCUCUUUGUAUUAUUAUACGUGAUGAAAAAUAUUAUAAUAAAGCAUGUAAGACUUAUAUUGUACAUACGUCGACUGUCAUUUGUCACUAGAUUGUAAUUCGUUGGUAUGUUAUAAUAUAAUCAAUGUUGCCUGUAGUUCAAUGUAUAGUAAAUUAUUGCAGGUAUGUAAUACUAAAAUAUUAGCCAUAUUUUCCCUUUGUUAAUUAAUUUUUUACCUUCCAAUUGAUGUACAUAAAGAAUACAUUUAGGUACCUGUGUAUCUGUGGCUUGUUGUAUACGGUUAAUGCGAAAUUUUAUUUUUUUGUUAACAAUUUCCUACGUUGAAAUAUUGUAUCUAUCGCUUGAUGUAUUGUCACUAUUGUAAUAUACUUGAACGACUUCUCUAGAAAUCCGAAUUUUAUUAAAAUAAUAUAUAAACAUGUACUAAUAUCCAAUCUGUUUAGUAGGUUUUUUGUCAGGUGUCAGAUGUAUCAAUUUAGGAGCCCUAAUUUUGGUUUCACAAUCAGUUUUAGGUAAAAAUGUGUAUAUAUCGACUUUGAAAAAAAAACUGUUAAUUCUGUUAGGAAAAAUGCAUACUUUUAACUUUUAUUGAUUGUUUUAGAUUAUUAAUUAAAUUAUUCGAUUUUAUAAAUUCUUUAGUCAACGCUAAUUUCAAUUUUAAAUGAUCUCUAGUUGGCCAAUUGAUUAAGUUACAUAGUUAACUACUUAAUUUUAUUAUGAUUUUCAAAAUGAGUUUUUACUAUUUAUUUAUUAUUAUCGACUAUAAUGUUUGUGGUUAGAAUUAGAAUUUUAUGUAACUUUCAAAAUAAUU